CCCGCCCCCUUCCUCAAUCAAAAACAGAAACAGAAUUCCAAGGGCACCGUUUUUCUUAUAAUUUGCAGCGUUAAAAUUUCAUCAAUACAACAAUGCGCCAUAAUUAGCACAUUCAUUUGCUUCAGUGCCAGAUUAUCUAAUUAGUUCAACACUAAUCAUGAAGUCCACGUAAAAUCGUCACAAAAAAGAUGAACAGCAACAAAUUAAACGUUUUGGAAUGUCGCGUGUGCGAGGACGUGUUUGGGCCGAGUGGCGAAAGAGUGCCUCGACUUCUGCACUGCGGCCACACGGUGUGUCACUCGUGUCUGCUGCGCCUGCCCUUGCAGCACGGAGACGUCCUUUGUCCUUUCGACCGACAGCCAACUCCCACUGGAGAAAGUGGUGUCUGGGGCUUGAAAAAGAAUUUUGCCCUUCUGGAGUUGCUCGAACGACUGCAGUCCGAAAGACUGCCUUCGACUUCCGCUUCUGCCUCAACUACUGGGCUUUCAAGGCUGUUAGAUGGAAAUCUACCAGAUAGACAAAUGUGCGAUGAAGAUGAAACUCAUGUUGCUGUUGUUUACUGUGUGGUUUGUGGCUCUCACCUUUGUGAAGAAUGUUCCGAGCGGACCCAUGCGACCAGGACCCUCGGCAGGCACCGGCGUGUCCCCUUGGCCGAAAAGCCCCGCGAAAGGGCUAAGUGUGCGUUCCACCCCUCUCAUGUGGCCGAGUUUGCCUGCCUGGAGCAGGCAUGUCAGCAGAACCCACUCAUGUGCUUUGUCUGCAAGGACUAUGGGCGUCACAAGGGACAUCAGCACGGACUGGUUGAGACAGAGGCAGAGAGUCUGCGGCAAAACGUUUUGAGUGCAGUGUCAAAUAUGAGACAGUUCAUGGACACCUUAGGAGAGUCCGUUCAUAAAAUUGAAGUGGCUGUGCAGAGGAUGGAAGGAGGCACUGUUGAAGAGGCAAGAAACAGGGUCAGGACGCACUUCCAGCAACUGCGAGAGAGCCUCGAACAACAGGAAAAUGCAGCCUGCACUGCUCUGGAGGCGCACACUCGAGAAAGGCUCUGCGCCCUGAAGCAGCUCCAGGAAGACCUGACCAUCACCAUGUCACAUGUGGCGUCGGUAUGCGUCCAGUGCAGUCAGUUGUGCUCCCAAGACGAUUCUCGACUAUUGACUGCUGGGCAGGAAUUGAAAGAGGCCUUGACCGCUGUCGAACAGCAGCAGCAACAAUUUGUAGACCUCCCACCUGAGCAAAGACACCCUGAUCCUGCAGUUCCGGUCACAUUUACAAAAGACAACCGGGUGCACAUGGGCCCUCGAAUGGAGAUGCGAGUGGUGACCUUGGGUCUGGACGGUGCUGGGAAGACUUCGAUCCUGUUCAAGUUGAAACAAGACGAGUUUGUGGCUGCAACGCCAACCAUCGGCUUCAACGUCGAGAGUCUCGAGCUGCGCAGUGACCUCCAGCUGACAGUGUGGGACGUCGGUGGCCAGCCAAAGCUGCGGCCUCUUUGGAAGCACUACUACCUCAACACUCAGGCUGUUGUCUUUGUUGUUGACUGUGCUUGUCGAGAUCGGUUACCGGAAGCCCAAAGCGAGCUGGCCAAACUCAUUGCAGAACGGGAGUUGAAAGACGCUGCUUUACUUGUGCUUGCUAAUAAACAGGAUAUUGAAGGAAGCAUCUCGGCCGAAGAGCUGUGUCAGCAAAUGGCCCUUCCAAAGCUUUGUUGCGGCCGCAGUUGGCAUUGCCAGUCAUGCUCUGCGCAGACUGGGAACGGACUGACGGAAGGCCUUGAGUGGCUCAGUCGACAGUUAACUACGGAAACUUCCCAGUAAAAAUUACAUUCAUCGAAUUAUUGAUUUUCCCCCUAAUGUUAAACCAUGAUGAUAUUAAGUGACCCAAUCUCUCUAGAGUCACUGCCGAAAUAUAUUAUGAUUAGAAGUUUGAGUCAAAAAUAUCAAACUUACGCUGAAGCGAGAUGAACUAGACAAGCAUCACGAAUACUUUUCUUCUGCUAGAGGAUAUUUUACGCUUAUUCUGAGUUAUUCUCAGUGUUGAUAAAUAUUUUAUAUUGAUACGGCUGUAAUGUUAAUAAUUUGGUCACUCAAACUGACUCUAAUGAUUUUUUUAUUUUAAUGUUGGGCUUUGAUAAAAAAAGUUUAAUAUUGUUUUGUCAGUAUUAUGCUUGGAGCCAUGGGUGGGUAUAAUUUUCAUAAAUGUAAGAAAAAUUUAAUAACAAUUCAAACAAGUGAGAAAAAAUAAACUGUUUAAUUCCAGC